GCGAUAUGAGUCACACACGGCCCCACCCAGGUCUGGGAAUUGGAGAGGGGAGUCUGGGGCUGUAGCGAUAGAGCCCACGUCCGAGGCGGGGUAUAUCACGACAGAGCGACUGCAGAGCGGAAGUCGCACGUCCCCGUCCAGAUGCAUCACUGUAAAAGAUACCGCUCCCCCGAGCAGGACUCUUACCUAAGUCACAGAUGGAAGAGGAGGAGGUCUUACAGCCGUGAGCAUGAGGGGAGACUUCGAUACCCGUCUCGAAGGGAACCACUUCCCCCCAGAAGAUCUCGAUCCAGAAGCCAUGACCGCCUGCCCUACCAAAGGAGGUACCGGGAGCGUCGGGACAGCGACAACUACAGGUUUGAGGAGCGAAGCCCGUCCUUUGGAGAGGAUUAUUACUCAGCCCGCUCACACCAUCGCAGAAGGUCACGGGAGAGGGACCAGCAUCGGACCCGCAAACACCCCCACCACUGCCGCAAACGCCGCACCAGGUCUUGUAGCAGCGCCUCCUCGAGAAGCCAACAGAGCAGUAAGCGCAGCAGCAGGAGUGUGGAAGAUGACAAGGAGGGCCACCUGGUGUGCCGGAUCGGCGAUUGGCUCCAAGAGCGAUAUGAGAUCGUGGGAAGCCUUGGAGAAGGCACCUUUGGCAAAGUAGUCGAGUGUCUGGACCAUGCCAGAGGCAAGUCACAGGUCGCCCUGAAGAUCAUCCGAAAUGUGGGCAAGUACCGGGAGGCAGCCAGGCUGGAGAUCAACGUGCUCAAGAAAAUCAAGGAGAAGGACAAAGAGAACAAGUUCCUUUGUGUUCUGAUGUCUGACUGGUUCAACUUCCACGGCCACAUGUGCAUUGCCUUCGAGCUCCUGGGCAAGAACACUUUUGAGUUCCUGAAGGAGAACAACUUCCAGCCCUACCCUCUGCCUCAUGUCCGGCACAUGGCGUACCAGCUCUGCCAUGCCUUACGAUUUCUGCAUGAAAACCAGCUGACCCACACUGACCUCAAGCCUGAGAACAUCUUGUUUGUGAAUUCUGACUUUGAUACCCUGUACAAUGAGAACAAGAGCUGUGAGGAGAAGUCCGUGAAGAAUACCAGCAUCCGCGUCGCUGACUUUGGUAGCGCCACCUUUGACCACGAACACCACACCACCAUCGUGGCUACCCGCCACUAUCGCCCGCCUGAGGUGAUCCUGGAGCUGGGCUGGGCACAGCCGUGUGACGUCUGGAGCAUUGGCUGCAUUCUCUUUGAGUACUAUCGGGGCUUCACACUGUUCCAGACCCAUGAAAACCGGGAACACCUUGUGAUGAUGGAGAAGAUUCUGGGGCCCAUCCCCUCUCACAUGAUCCAUCGAACCAGGAAACAGAAAUACUUCUAUAAGGGAGGCCUGGUUUGGGAUGAAAACACCUCUGACGGCAGAUACGUGAAAGAGAACUGCAAACCCCUGAGGAGUUACAUGCUCCAUGACUCCCUGGAGCACGUUCAGCUGUUUGACUUGAUGAGGAGGAUGUUAGAGUUUGAUCCUGCCCAGAGGAUCACAUUGGCUGAAGCCCUACUCCACCCAUUCUUUGCUGGCCUGACACCCGAGGAAAGGACCUUCCGAUGUAGCCGAAACCUGAGCAGAUGACAGGUGUCCGGCCACUCGGCCUAGGGGUGGGGGUGGGUGCAACCAAGGGGAGGGGGCCUGGGGCCCAUGGGGAUGUCUGUACCUCCCCUCCAUCCUUUGUCAUCAGGGCUUCCUCAUGCUUGCAGAGCCCCAGAGGGGAGGAAGAGCAGAGCUUACCAGAAAGCACAGAUUUGACCCAAGAUAUUUAUAUGUUGUAAAGUUAAAUAAAGUGUUUCUUACUGUUUGAUAA